CGGGUAGGAAGGAGGUGGGAUGCUUGCGGGGAGGCCUCGGGGUGCCAGGCUGUGGGCGAGGAGGCCGGCCAGACCCCAGGGCUCUCCGCCGUCUUGGUGCAGUGCUUUAUGCACCGCAGGCCUCGGUCGCCGCUACUGCCUCGGUGUGCUCUUUGGCUGCAGGGAAGGGCAGGGGCUGGAGAAAGGGGAUUGCUUGCAGGAAGCAUAGUGGGAGUGCGAAAGGGGAGAAAGGGGCCGGAGGGAAGAUACCGGAUAGGUGGAGGAAUGCCGGGGGUGGCUGUGGAGCAGUCUUGAGGAUUCUGGGGGUGUUCAUUGUGCAGAUAUAUUAGGUGUUUCUUUAUGGAAAGAAUCGAAGCGUUUCCGAGGCAAGGAAAGAAAGGCAUAGAGUAGUUUCUGAGGAUAGAAGGGAGAGCAUUUGAAGCCAGGGGAGUGCGAAAUAUUAGAGAAGGUGCAGGGAAUGCAUAAUAGCAUCGACAGAUGUAGCAUAAUUAUCAAUGCUGGCCCAAGGUCUAAAGAGUUAUUCCAGAUGGGCCAGAGUGGCCUAGUUCGGAACCUGUUUGGGCUCUUCAGUAGAUGACAUCCGGGUAGAAGAGAAGAAUCGGUGGCUUGGAAAUUGAGCCAAGUGACCUGGUGGGAUGGGUCUUUGCCUGACACAUUUUAUAGAGGAAUUGAAUGGCACAAGUGACUGAGAGGAUAUUGAGAGUUCCUAGAGCCUGUAAAAGGUAGAAACUCAACCAUGAUUUCUCUCUCAACUCAACAGCGUUCUCUUCCUUGAAGUCUUCAUUUUUACUUCAGUCUCGGGCAGUUAUACUUAAGCAUGAACAUUGACGACAAACUGGAAGGAUUGUUUCUUAAAUGUGGCGGCAUAGACGAAAUGCAGUCUUCCAGGGCAAUGGUUGUGAUGGGUGGAGUGUCUGGCCAGUCCGCUGUGUCUGGAGAACUGCAGGAGUCAGUACUCCAAGAUCGAAGUUUGCCUCACCAGGAGAUCCUUGCUGCAGAUGAAGUGUUACAAGAGAGUGAAAUGCGACAACAGGAUAUGAUAUCACAUGAUGAACUCAUGGUCCACGAGGAGACAGUAAAAAAUGACGAAGAACAGAUGGAAACCCAUGAGCGCCUUCCUCAAGGACUUCAAUAUGCACUUAACGUCCCUAUAAGUGUAAAGCAGGAAAUUACUUUUACUGAUGUAUCUGAGCAACUGAUGAGAGACAAAAAACAAGUCAGAGAGCCAGUAGACUUACAGAAAAAGAAGAAGCGGAAACAACGCUCUCCUGCAAAAAUCCUUACAAUAAAUGAGGAUGGAUCACUUGGUUUGAAAACCCCUAAAUCUCACGUUUGUGAGCACUGCAAUGCUGCCUUUAGAACGAACUAUCACUUACAGAGACAUGUCUUCAUUCAUACAGGCGAAAAACCGUUUCAAUGUAGUCAGUGUGACAUGCGUUUCAUUCAGAAGUACCUGCUUCAGAGACACGAGAAGAUCCAUACCGGUGAAAAACCAUUUCGCUGUGAUGAAUGUGGUAUGAGAUUCAUACAGAAAUAUCACAUGGAAAGGCACAAGAGAACUCACAGUGGAGAAAAGCCUUACCAGUGUGAAUACUGCUUACAGUAUUUUUCCAGAACAGAUCGUGUAUUGAAGCAUAAACGUAUGUGCCAUGAAAAUCAUGAUAAAAAACUCAACAGAUGUGCCAUCAAAGGUGGCCUUCUGACAUCAGAGGAAGAUUCUGGCUUUUCUACAUCACCAAAAGAUAAUUCACUGCCAAAAAAGAAAAGGCAAAAAACGGAGAAGAAAACAUCUGGAAUGGACAAAGAGAGUGCCCUGGACAAGUCCGACAUGAAGAAAGACAAGAACGAUUACCUGCCGCUCUACUCCUCGAGCACUAAGGUGAAGGAUGAGUACAUGGUCGCAGAGUACGCUGUGGAGAUGCCGCACUCUUCAGUGGGAGGCUCCCAUCUAGAAGAUGCGUCUGGAGAAAUACACCCACCCAAGUUGGUUCUCAAAAAAAUCAAUAGUAAGAGAAGUCUGAAGCAGCCCCUGGAGCAAAGUCAAACCAUUUCACCCCUCUCCACUUACGAAGACAGCAAGGUUUCAAAGUAUGCGUUUGAGCUUGUGGAUAAGCAGUCUUUACUGGACUCGGAAGGCAGUGCUGACAUUGAUCAAGUGGAUAACUUGCAGGAGGGGCCCAGCAAACCUGUGCACAGCAGUACCAAUUAUGACGAUGCCAUGCAGUUUCUGAAGAAGAAGCGGUAUCUUCAAGCUGCAAGUAACAGCAGCAGGGAGUACGCUCUGAAUGUGGGCACCAUAGCUUCUCAGCCUUCUGUCACCCAAGCAGCUGUGGCCAGUGUCAUCGAUGAAAGUGCCACAGCGUCCAUGUUGGAUUCCCAGGCACUGAAUGUGGAGAUUAAGAGCAAUCAUGACAAAAAUGUUAUUCCCGAUGAGGUCCUGCAGACUCUGCUGGACCAUUAUUCCCACAAAGCUAAUGGACAGCAUGAGAUUUCCUUCAGUGUUGCAGAUACUGAAGUGACUUCUAGCAUAUCAAUCAAUUCUUCUGACGUACCCGAAGUCACCCAGUCAGAGAAUGUUGGAUCAAGCUCCCAAGCAUCCUCGUCAGACAAAGCUAACAUGUUGCAGGAAUACUCCAAGUUUCUGCAGCAGGCUUUGGACAGAACUAGCCAAAACGAUGCCUAUUUGAAUAGCCCGAGCCUUAACUUUGUGACUGAUAACCAGACCCUUCCAAAUCCGCCAGCAUUCUCAUCCAUAGACAAGCAAGUCUAUGCAGCCAUGCCCAUCAAUAGCUUUCGAUCAGGAAUGAAUUCUCCACUAAGAACGACUCCAGAUAAGUCCCACUUUGGACUGAUAGUUGGUGACUCACAGCACCCGUUUCCCUUUUCAGGUGACGAGACAAACCACGCCUCUACCACAUCAACAGCAGACUUCUUGGAUCAGGUGACUUCUCAGAAGAAAGCUGAGGCUCAGCCUGUCCACCAGGCUUACCAAAUGAGUUCCUUUGAACAGCCCUUCCGUGCUCCCUAUCAUGGAUCCAGAGCUGGAAUAGCGACUCAAUUUAGCACUGCCAAUGGACAGGUGAACCUUCGGGGACCAGGGACAAGUGCUGAAUUCUCAGAGUUUCCCUUGGUGAAUGUAAAUGAUAAUAGAGCUGGGAUGACAUCCUCACCAGAUGCCACAACUGGCCAGACUUUUGGCUAAAAAAUAAAAAUAUAUAUUGUAAAUAAUACUGGCACUUUAGAACAGAUUAAUCGAGAGUGGGGUUACUCUGUGUAAAAUGGAGUGCUAUACAGAUUUAAGAGCAAUGCGUUCAUAGCAAGCUGUUAAGAAUAGCAAGAUAAUCCAAUAACUGCAUUUCGUUUGGUUAGUCCUCAUUCCUUGAACUGCCUUACGUGUUGUCACCGUUAUAGAAGCAAUGCAUUACUUGUUUUAGAUCAGAACCUUGCUAUUCACCCACACCAAGAUAAAAAGGAAAAAAAGACUUUCGCACAAUUGUUUCCUAACUGAUAACAUUGUACAUUCUUAGGAGAGUAGUAAUUGUGUGAAAUUUCCUCAUAUUGUUUCUGAGUUUUUCAGCAUAGUAUUGCACUUCAGCAGGGAAUCCGAGGAGACUUCACAGACAGUGAACUUAAAGUUUCAAUGUCAAGAGAUUAUGGCUUAAAUAAGUAGUUUGUCCUGUAGGGGGGAAUAAAAAGAAACCACCUUAAAAAAUGACAUGCCAUAUACCCUUGAUCUUCAUUUUGCAUUAUAUUGACAUGUGUUUUUUUUAAGAAAAAAAAAGUAAUAAAAAUCUGAUAGUCUAAGACUCCACUAUUUAAAAGCCUAAUUACUUUUAAAGUAUGCAUACUUCAGAACUUUUACCAAACCCAGCUGUCGGAGCGGUCACUUCUCGUGGAAGUGUGCAUAUCAGUGUCAGUUUCUUUGUACAGCUACACUUAGAUAUUUUUUAUGAUUUUUUUUCAUGUGCAAGUAUCAAAGUUUGAAGUUUUAGUAAAAAAGAAAUAUUCUGUAGAUUACAUUCCCAAGAAAAUAAUGCUUACACAAAAUGUAUAUUCCACGUUUGAAAGCUGAGAUGUAUCUUCCUUUACACACUUCAGUUGACAUAGAGCACUUAGAAUUAAUCUGGUAUUUUUGAUUUCUCAAAGUUAAAAACUAGAUUUUUUAGGUUUGAUAUGGUUGUGUCAUAAUCAUCUCGUAAUUGACAAUUUUGUUUUUUGGCAAUAAAAGGAAGUUGGGAUAUCUUUGGACUGUAAAACCUGGUUUAAUUCUUCUCUUUCUGGACUCUUGAUAGAUUGGAUAAUUAAACAGUAUCCCAAGAAACUAAAGCAAUGGGCAUUUUAAUUGCUUACUUAAGUUACUUUUAAGUGAAUACUGCUCAUGACAGUUUUACAAGCGGAAGUGCUUACUGAUUCCAGUAACUACAAUUUCUUUUUCAGCUAGACAAGUGAUCGGAAAUUUUUUGUUGCAUUUCAAAAUCUAAAUAAACUACAGACUUUAUCCUUAUACCACGAAUGUUUUUUUUAAUAUAUGUAUACUUUGUCUUAAAAUAAUACAGCAUGGUACAAUAAAUAGUGCUUUUAUAUACAUAAAUAUAUAUAUAUAUACACUUUAAUGAAGAAUGAUGGUUUGAGUUAUACAUUGGACAGGUUUAAUUUUUGGAGACUUAACAUUAGUUACACUGACUCAGCUCUCCUCUUUUAUCUGUUCCACCUUUUUGGGUUUUGUACUUAAGUUUCUGCCAUCUUUAUCACAGUGCACCAGUGGUAACCUGAAACUAGUACCCUUGGGAGGUGAAGCUUUCUGUAACUUCCAUUUUGACUUUGCUGUUGACCCUGUAGAUCUGCGUGCUUUGUUUGAGUGUUGAGUAUGUUAUCCAUUUAAAUUAUUUUUCUUUUAUUUAAUGCUAUCCCAAGACUGUUCUCAUAAAGAAAGGGAACAAAGACAUACCCUCCCCCAGUACCCUUCACUUACACUCAUUUAGUUUUUUAAUAUGUUGGUAUUUUUAUGACAAGGAAUAUAAGUUAUGUGUAAUGUGGCUUCCUCUACACUUUGUUAUGAAACUUGGCUUGAAAUCAUAGUUUUCCCAUUUGACAGCUUUGCUGUCAGAUCUUCAAGAACUUUAAGACUUCUUUGAAGUACCUAUUUUAAGUUCUGCCAUUAUUGAUCCGAAGACUGAUGUGUGUUUAUGGCACAUCCUGUAUCUGCAGGCAUGCUUCACGAGAUGAGGUGUUAUGGGACCGUGUUCACCCUCAAUGGGCGUUUGCAUUUUCUCAUAGUACUUUUGAUAAGAGUAGACAUAUAUUUCCCAAGUUGAGCCUGAUUUAAAAAAAAAAAAGUUCCGCUGAGAACUUGAUGUGUUUCUUGUACAGUGUAAGGGUUUCCUUUGUAACAUAACAUCACCAGCACAGGGUUAAGAAUGUGACAGUUACUGAGUGGUUCAGGUAAGCUUAGGAAGAAAAGCCUUUGAAAGUGGAAGUUCUGUAAACAGAAUUUCAGGCGUUGCAUUCCUGUCUUAAACACAUUUCUUUACAUCUACACGAUGGCAGACUUUCCUACCAGGUUAGAAGCAUUUGAGAUAACCGAUAGCCAGCAUAUUUAUUGACUUACCGUUUAAGUACAGUCAGCACUCUUACUGUGAAGUCCCAAAUGCCUCCCAGGCUCAGCUUGUUUCUUCAGCGUGCGAGAAGCAUCUCAAAAGUUUGUGUUUCUCCACUUCGGCUCAGAAAGUUCUGGGCAUUAGAGGAAGGCAGUGGCCUUGUGUGCUGCUUUAGAGGGAUCCCUGUCAGCUCACACUUCUCAUCUCUCUCAGUGAGCAAAUUUGUCUAGAGGAGUGGCUCCUGGCGCCCCUCAGCUUUUGCUCGCCUUGAGCCUGUUGCUUUCUCUCACAGGUCAUUCCUGGGCUGGGCUGGGCUUGGGAGACCUCCCACUAGACACGGCAGGAGCUCUCCAGCACCUGAAAGCAUUGCUUUUUGAACUUCGGUUCUUACUGCAUAUGUAUUUCAUUGGGUUUGGAGUAGCUGAGUGGCUCCUACUUUUUUGUUUGUUUGUUUGUGUUUUGGAUCUACAGUGUGCAUGUGCUACCUAGUCAGGUAGGAAUCCACCACCUUAGCUCUGACUCAGGGUGCCAGCAAUGGGUCAUUUUAUCUCCUGAGAGGUAGAAAAGGCCUUGUGCUCAGGGCAAGCUUUCAUUCCCACAGAUGAGAAACACUUGCAAAGUGCCAGUGAAGUUAGAUCUUUUGCCACUCUUUGACUUCAUUAAUUUGGGUUUUUUAAAGGGCUGUUUUAAAAAAAAUACAAAGAGGCCGGGAAGCUUUGCGUAGGCACGCUGUACUGCACUCCCUAGGGUCUGAAACGAGCGCUCGUCCUUUUCCAGUCUGUUUACUUGAAGAAGCACUAUUAUAAUCAGUGAGAAUUUAUUUGAGUCUGCAAUUUAAUUUAAACCUUUUCCGUUUCAAAUUGCUUUAUUUCAGGGAAAUAAUUUUCCAGUUGUUUUUGCUAUAUUCUGCAAAUAAAAACCGUGUGUUUCCUUUUUCCACCUAAACUUUGGUAGGAAACAAACUAAAGCAGACAAACAUUUCUUGUUGUGUUUGUUGCUUUCUUUAAUCCAAUGGAUAAAAAAAGUAAAACCCUGUAAACAUUAUUUUAUUUUUUUAUGCAAUACCAUGCUGUAAAUAUGGUUCAUCGAGUAAGGAUGUACCUAUGAUUGAAUCUUUAAUUCUGCACAGUUAGAGUUUAUAUAUAAACGUGUCUUGACAAUCAAGGACUUUGAUGUGAGUCUUCCUUUAUGAUGUUUAUUAAUGUUAUGCAUUCCAUUUGUUUGACGUGAGUACCAAUGUGCUAAUUUGUAUUGUCUGAAAGUAUGUAAUGUUUUUACAGCUUGUUUUUAAGACUCUGUAAAUAUGUACAGACCAAUCACAGUACGGCUUUAUGUUAGAAGGCGUGUGAUGUUGUACUGUAUGUAAGCAAUAACACAGCAGUGCUAACUUCCAAGUAGCAUCAGGAACGUUCUAUUGCAACAUUUCAGAGCUAUUAGUUAUCCUUAUUUCAUUUAAUAAUGAUUAUCUUUAAUCAGUUUUUAUAAGCAAAUUCCAUUGUUCCUUCUGUUGGAACGUAACACUGUUUACACAGCCUAAUUGACGUUGCAGGGGAGACAGGCUAGACCUGGCUUCGUCUGCUCUCACUCUGUCUAAGCAUUGAAUGGCCUUACCACUCUUGAGCAAAGAUGGAGAAAGACCGCAGAACUUAGUGCCCAUCACACUGAAGGAAGGGAUGUGUUUUUUUUUCCUGCUUCUGUACCGCUACCUAACUUCGUGGUUUGCUUUGGAUUUUAAUAUGUGUUUCUGUUUUAGAUUCAAGCCCAUAAGUGUUCAGGUAACUUCAGUUCAAUUGUGAAGUUGAUAAAAUUCUUCAUACUUCAUAGUUACAUUUCAGUGAUUCUAAACUUUCUACUUUGAUUUUUAGAUACUUAUUUUUCAAGCUUGAUUUCUCAGCUGACCAGAUGAAUUUACUCAACUUCAAUACAAAGAAAGACAAACUUAUAGCUUGAAGUGAGUAGAUACUAUACUGUACAGAACAGCUCUCUGAACACCGUCACUGCUUUAGAAAUGAAGCCGCCAAUUUAUAAAUGAUUAUGACCUACAUUUUAUAGGGAAACGUUUUUAAUGCUAGUCAUUUAUAUAAUGUGCUUUGAAGGAUUUGCUAGUCCACUCCUGUCACUUUUUAGUACACUGGUACCUUUUCUAUGUAAUGUAUGCUUUUUAUUAUUGUAGCAAAGCAUUUCAGUAGAAAGAAUUUUGCAACAAUAUGGGGGAAAUUUUUCAUUGUCGGGUUUGAAUUAUACUGGAUUUUAUCUGUCUAGUCUUACUUGUCUUUAUUUUAAUGCUGUCUGGAAGGGACCUUGGUACCCAAAUAAAGCAGGUUAACCUCAUUGCUUCAAGGGCAUACUGUGUAGUGCUGAGUUUCACCUGGAAAUCUGAUGACUUUGAAAAGAAAAACACAUUUAUAAAAAUUGUACAGAAGAAAUUAAAUGUGUGAUGGAAAUCCUGAUGGUGGAGCACGUUGAAUUUUCUGAGAACAUAGUGUUAUUUUCCUGGAAUCCCUUAUGCCUUCUUUGUAUUCCAACCAAUAAAAGAAAACUUUGUCAUUGAAAGUGGUAGGCUGAUAGGAUAUUCUGAUUAUACAGUAUUACUUUCUCCUGUCUUAUUUUCUGACCCCUUCUCAAUCAAUCACUGUAAAUUUUUAUUUUCUACUUCCUAUUGCUAAUUAAACAUGUAUAUAAUGUAGAGGCCGUUGUAUAGAAUUGAGUGAAUUGGGUUGCUAUGCUUGAUUGGGUAGCUACAUGGAAAUAUUUGAUGGAUACUGAGAAGUCCUAAGAUGCCAGAGUAAAUUUACACGGGAAAGGGAAGGCCACAGCAGAUGGCUCCUGCCACCCCUAAGGGGUCGGUGGGAGAAUCAUCUGCAAAUUAUCAGAUACAAAGUGGGGCUUUUCUUCCCUUUCCCCAAAACCGUGAGCACUAGAUUUCAAAGUCUACUCAGGUGAAAUCGCUUCACAGUGAAACUUAACCACAUUGAAAUUUUCACUGUUAAAUACUAUAUUUGUGAUAUUUUUAAAUACAAACUUUUACACUGCAGUCUGCAGCCUAACCAUUGAAAUUUAGCCAAGAUAUUUUAAAAAUAUAAUUGUCCUCCAUGUAUAAUUGUUUUUAAACAAUUGGGAGGAUUUUUUGUUGAAAGAUUUUUUUAUUGUCAUUGUAAAAAACAAAAUAACCAUCUUGCUUGACCCCCACAUUAUACCAUGAGUGAAUCACUGAGCCAUUCAAACACAGUGGUGGCUUGUUUCAUGCCUGGUCAUGAGACAUGAACUGACAUUGCGAAGUCUGAUGAGUUCCUAGCCUUUGGCACUGUCGUCAUAGAGUUCCCCUCGCCUCUUGGAGUUUAUGAUGCUGUUUUAUGUAUUGUGAUACUAAAGGAAGCUGUUUUACUUUAUUUUCAAUUGAAUUAUUAGAUUAACUUAUAUUUGCAAAUUCUGCAUUUUAAAUGUGGACACUUGGCUGUUUGAAAAUAAAAUACAGAAUACAGUUUUAUGAA